AUGGCGGACAUUAUCCGCGACGCCACCAUUGGCCAGAUCAUCCGCUGGGUGACCAACAACCGCUACCUGCAGUACCCCGAGGAGAAGCCUGACUUCAAGCUGCCCGAGGCCUACGCCAGCAUCCUCCACGGCGCCACCGAACAACCACGCAGACCAUCCUCCUCCUCGCAGUCCUCCAAUAAAUCCACCCUCGACGCCGCCGCCACCGCUGCCGAGAAGACCGAAGACGCCGCCGCCGCCGCCGCCGCCGCCGCCGCCGCCGAGCCGGUGGCCCCUCUGGCCCACAUCCCGUCUCACCGGUCCGGCAUCAACAACAUCACCGAAGCCGCUCUCGAGGCCGACGAGCAGCGCCACCUCGCCCGCACCCAAUCCCUCCCCAUCGCGCCGCAGCUCACCAAGGACGGCGCCGUGCUCGUCGACUGGUACCGCACCGACGACCCGGCUGACCCGCACAACUGGUCCAACGGGAAGCGCAACGCCGUCGCGCUGCUCAUCUGCCUCUACACCUUUGUCGUCUACACCACGUCGGCCAUCUACACGGCGUCCACGGCCGGCGUCAUGGCCGAGUUUCGCGUCGGCACCCUCGAGGCCUCGCUCGGCCUGUCGCUGUACGUGCUGGGCUACGGCGUGGGACCGCUCAUCUUCUCGCCGCUCAGCGAGAUCCCCCGCAUCGGUCGCAACCCCGUCUACGCGGCGACCAUGUUCCUCUUCGUCAUCAUCUCGAUCCCGACGGCGCUGGUGCACAACUUUGCGGGGCUGAUGGUGCUGCGCUUCCUCCAGGGCUUCUUCGGCUCGCCGUGCCUGGCGUCCGGCGGCGCGUCCCUCGGCGACAUGUACAGCCUGAUGGCCAUCCCUUAUGCCAUGAUGGCCUGGGUCUCUGCCGCCUACUGUGGACCCGCCCUCGGCCCUCUUCUCAGCGGCUACGCCGUGCCCGUCAUGGGCUGGCGCUGGUCCCUGUACGAGUCCAUCUGGGCCUCGGCGCCCAUCCUCAUCCUCAUGCUCCUCUUCCUGCCCGAGACGAGCAGCGCCACCAUCCUGCUGCACCGCGCCCAGCGCCUCCGCAAGCUCACCGGCGACUCCCGCCUCAUGUCCCAGAGCGAGAUCGACCAGCGCAGCAAGACCGUCUCGGCCACCUUCGUCGACGCCCUCAUCAAGCCCCUGGAAAUCACCCUCAAGGAUCCCGCCGUGCUGUUUGUCCAGAUCUACAGCGCCAUCAUCUACGGCAUCUACUACUCUUUCUUCGAGGUCUUUCCUCUCGUCUACCCAGUUUACUACGACAUGAGCCUCGGCCAGAUCGGCCUCGUCUUCCUGUGCAUCCUCAUCUCGUGCCUCAUCGGCGUCGUGGCCUACUUCUGCUACCUCUACUUCUACAUGAACCCGCGCAUCGUCAAGUUCGGCUUCGGCGCCCAGGAGGAGCGUCUGGUCCCCGCCCUCGGAGCCGCCUUCGGUCCGACCAUCGGCCUCUUCCUCUUCGCCUGGACCGCGCGAGCGUCCAUCCACUGGAUCGUGCCCACCAUCGGCAUCACCAUCUACGGCGCCACCGUCUUCGUGGUGAUGCAGUGCAUCUUCGUGUACAUCCCCCUCAGCUACCCCAUGUACGCGGCCAGCCUGUUCGCCGCCAACGACUUCUUCCGCAGCGCCCUGGCCUGCGGCAGCGUCCUGUUCGCCCACCCCCUCUUCGGCAACCUGGGCGUCGCCCGGGGAACCAGCCUCCUCGGCGGUCUUUCUGUCAUCGGCAUCGUCGGCAUCUGGCUUUUGUACUUUUACGGCGCCAAGUUACGCUCUAUGAGCAAGUUUGCGCUUGCUUAA